AUGCAUUUGUUUCGGAGUUACAAUUAUCAAGUCUUUCCUGACCGCUAUUCCGUGGAGAAAUCGGCAAUACGGGGUAUCAGCUGGACUCCACUGCCUGAUGCCUUGGACACACAUGACACAAUGAAGCAGUUUUUGUCUGAUCGGAUACUAAAGUCAGCUCGGGUGGUGUACAGUGUGUUGAUGGAAAGAAAUCCAGUUCUUAUCAGAGACAGAAAACAUCAUCUUAAAACUUACAGACAGUGUUGCAGUGGGAAGGAGCUUGUUGAUUGGUUGAUGAAGCUGAGUGACUGUUCUUACUCCCGGCCUCAGGCAGUUGGUAUGUGGCAGGUGUUGGUGGAUGAAGGCAUACUUGUUCAUGUAAAGCAAGAGUUGAACUUCCAUGACAAAGACACACAUUUUUACCGAUUUAUGGAGACAGAGUUCAACUUAAAUAGCACAAACAACGACAAGGACUCCAAAGAGGAUGAGCUUCAAGAAGGUCUGUCAUUCCUGGUCCAGAUGGGUCCUGAUGCUCUUCUGAAUAUGAUACUGCGCAAAUGUCCAAGUCAAAGGUCAGUUGAGGAUGUAGAAGUCAUCUAUGAAGAGCUGCAGUAUGUCAAGGCAGUGGCACAUCUGUCUACCUCUGUUCGGAGAGAGCUGGCUGCACUGCUGGUGUUCGAAUCUCAUGCUAAGGCAGGCACAGUGUUGUUCAGCCAGGGAGACAAAGGCAUAUCCUGGUACAUCAUUUGGAAGGGGUCUGUUAAUGUUAUCACACAGGGCAAGGGCUUGGUAACCACUUUGCAUGAAGGAGACGAUUUUGGCCAACUUGCCCUAGUGAACGAUGCCCCUCGUGCUGCUACCAUCAUACUUAGAGAGGACAACUGUCAGUUUCUCAGAGUGGACAAGCAGGACUUCAUUCGUAUUCUGAAGGAUGUGGAGGCGAAUACAGUGCGUUUAGAGGAGCAUGGAAAAGUUGUGCUGGUCCUCGAGAACAGCUCAGGCAAUGAGACACCUAAUCCCGGAGGAUCAGGAAGUAGCAGCAAGUACACAGUGAUGUCAGGAACACCAGAGAAAAUACUGGAACAUCUUCUCGAGACAAUUAAGCUGGACACUAAUGGCAUUGAUCUCAUAGAUUCCUGUGUUAGUGACUUUUUACUCACCCACCAAGUAUUCAUGCCCUCAGCACAGCUCUGCCCUGCCCUGCAACAUCACUACCAUGCUGAGCCCUCGGAAGGCUCAGAGCUGGAGAAGGCUGCGUAUUCUCUCAACACCAAGCAGAAGAUUGUAAAACUAGUGAGCCAGUGGGUGGCAUUCUAUGGUGCACUACUAAAGGAAGACCCAGCUGCCUUUCAGUUUUUAGAGACACUAAAAAAAGAGAUGAUGGAGGACUCAAGACUUUCAGCCAUUCUCAAAGAACAGUUGAAAGACAGGAGAAAAACUAGAGUUGUGGAGAAUGGGUGCCAAACACUGACAAAGAUCAGUCAAAAAUGUGAUUGGUUCGCAACUUGUGAGGAACCCCUAGGGAAAUGUAUACCAAUCAAAGCUCAGGACAAAGUCUUGUAUGAGAUCUUCAAACCUGACUACCAUGCUGUGACUCUGUUGUUGCCUGUGAACUGCUCAGUCCAGGACAUCAUGUGUGUACUGGGAAACUCAGGAGACCAUGUUUUGAUCAAAAUGAACUCUUCAGGAGAGAAAGUUCAGCUAAAGCUGGAUGCUACAGCUGUCUUCACAUCUCUGGGACUGAACGAAAAGCUCUUUCUGUGCACUUCUUCACAGGUGAAGGAGCUGACCCCUCUGAAGGAGCAGCUUGGUCCAGAUCUGAGCACCAUGGACUCACUGGAGCAGAUAGGCCCGAAAGACAUUGCCAGCCAGCUCACCAGCUAUGACUGGGAACUUUUUACGGCCAUGCAUGAGACGGAGCUUGUCUCCUACGUUUUUGGUCGACACAAAUUCCCAGGAUCCACCACAGCGAAUCUGGAGAGGUUUGUGCGGCACUUCAACGAGGUACAGUACUGGGUGGUGACUGAACUCUGCCUGUGUGAGGACCUGACGAAGAGAGCGAUGUUGCUUAAGAAGUUCAUCAAGAUAUCAAUUGUGUUGAAGGAGCAGAAAAACUAUAACUCAUUUUUUGCAGUGAUGUUUGGCCUGAGUAAUAGUGCAGUGCAAAGGCUCUAUAAGACGUGGGAGAGGUUGCCAAGCAAAACCAAAAGGGUCUACUGUUCAAACGAGAGAUUACUGGAUCCAUCCCGCAAUCACAGAGCUUAUAGGCUAGCAGUGGCAAAACUCAACCCACCCUACAUCCCCUUCAUGCCUCUGAUAAUUAAAGACAUGACCUUUAUCCAUGAGGGAAACAAGAAUUACACUGAUCGUCUGGUUAACUUUGAGAAAAUGCGACUGAUUGCCAAGACAGUGAAGAUGGUCCGAAAAUGUAGAAGCCAAGCUUAUGAUUCAGACCAGUCCCUGACUAUACGUAAGGCCACCAGUGUAAGACACUACAUCCAGAACCUCAACGUCAUUGACAAUCAGAAGAAACUGACCCAGCUCUCCAGAGACCUAGAGCGCUAGUGUUCAGCUCGCACCUGCCUCUUCUUUCAUUAGUUCAGCUCCAUACUGGAGGAUGAUGUCAAUAUCAGUUUUAAGUCUUCAGAUAAAUCCAUGAUGACCCUCAGUGUUGAUGACUGGAGAAGACGCUUUGAAAAGCCAUUUAAAGAAAUGUUACAGCAAUGCUUUUUGUUCUUUGUUGAAAGCCUUACGAGAAGUGUUGUGUUUAAACAGCUAAACUAUUUGGCCAAAAAUAUAUGGACACCCCUUUUAGUUAUUACAUUUAGUUGUUUUUUGGCCAGCAUGCCUGUACCCCCUAGUACACAAAGUGGGAUCCAUAUAGACAUUAAUUGAUAUAGUGGAAUUCCAGUGGCCUGAACCGAGCUCUGGACCUCACCCCUCUUGGACAACUUAAGGAUGAACUCAUAGUUGCAGUAAAUUGCCAGCCAGGCCCUCUCAUCCAACAUCAGUGUGCUCACAAAAGCUCUUUUGACUGAAAGGGCACAAUUUUCUACAGACACAAUUCAAUUCAUUUACUAUCAAUAAAUACCCAUGGUUUUGGAUUGGAUGUUCAACUAGCUAGUCAUAGUUUUAAUAAGGUGUCCACAUACUUUUGGUAUGUUUUGUGUGUAUCAGUAAGUAACUGCAGCAACUGAGCUUUUGAGAUAAUGCUAUUAGCUGCUGUUCAAAUGAUUGUGUAUUAUACUGACACAGAUAACCUCAAUAACUGGAUAUAAGGCAUU